AUGGGUCUGGCCGGACCCAAGAACAAAACUAAGAUCUCCCAUGAUCCGAACAACACCAAAUGGGCCCGCUCCACGUCCGGCUUCGGACACCGGAUCAUGAGCGCCCAGGGCUGGACCCCAGGUAAUCGCUUGGGAGCCAAAGACGCUGCGCAUGCCGAUCUCUUGACCUCCGCGAGUGUCUCCCAUAUCAGGGUCACUAUCAAGGACGAUAAUCUCGGAUUGGGUGCCCGUGUCGGACGAGAGGGCCAACCCACCGGUUUGGAUGCUUUUAAAGGGUUGCUGGGCCGGUUGAACGGCAAGAGUGAGGAGGAACUUCAUAUCGAACAGCGCAAGAGAGACGACGUUCACUUGGCGCGUUACGUUGCCCUCAAGUUCCAGGAGGUGCGCUUCGUUCGGGGUGGGCUUCUGACCCAGGAGAAACUCCAGCGGUUGCCAAACCCGACACCCAAGGAAGACCAGGCGAAUAAGAAAUCCGAAUCCUCCACGACCAGCGACAACGAUUCUGCCGAUAACACCGAGUCCGCGACCGAGAAAUCAUCCAAGUCCAAAUCCAAGUCCAAGUCCUCGAAGAAGUCAUCAAAGAAGUCUCGCUCCCAGUCAGACGAGGCCGACAGCUCGUCAUCGGUCUCUGAUAAAAAGAAGAAGAAGAAGUCCAAGAAGAGAAAGGCGGAAGAGGACGAUGAUGAGUCUGAGACUACGGCCAAGCGUCGGGCGUCUACUCCUGACGAGAAGCCCUCGAGUGAAUCUCAGCCUAAAAUUGCCACGGUUCCGGCCCCAGUGAUAGGGGAACGUCGGCCGAUUGGCAGACAGGUCUUCCGCGGACGGCAUAUCGCGCAAAAGAAGAGGGCUCUUAUGGACGACAAGUCGCUCAAUGAGAUCUUCAUGGUUAAGGCAUAG